AUGACAAAAAUAGCCCUGCAAAUUGUGUCAAAUUACGAGAACGGCAUCUUGGUAAACUUCUCUGAGCUCUCAGCCUGACUGACUACUCACUGAAUCUCCAAAGAAGCGGCAAAGAAAAGUUUUGCAGUCUUUGGUUAAGGAUGGCAAGCACAGUGGAUGCAGCGGCAGGAGAACCAAUCCCAACUUCAUCUGUUCUGAUGGCAGCGGCAAAGCAUAUAGGGACCAAGUGCCGUGGUGAGAAUGUGGCUUUUUUGAAGUGCAAGAAGGAUGAUCCGAAUCCUGAGAAAUGUCUUGACAAAGGACGCCAAGUUACACAAUGCGUGCUUCACCUGCUGAAGGAUCUUCACCAGAGCUGCAACAAAGAAUUGGAUUCUUAUGCUGGGUGCAUGUAUUACCACACCAAUGAGUUUGAAUUCUGUCGUAAAGAGCAAAAGGAGUUCGAGAAAGCAUGCCCGUUUUGAUGAGCAGCAAAGACCCUUUCCUCAAUCUUAUCAAAAUAAUAACAAACUCCCAUCUCCAACAAGUGAUAUUCUGUUGAAUUUUACUUUUGACUGAUCCGUUUAUGGGUUCAUGAGAGAUCAUUUGCAGGAAACUCUGUUCAGUG